GCUCUCACGUGGGGCGGCGGCGCUGCCCGAUGACGCCUGAAAGAGGCGCUGGCCCCGGUUCUCCCCGCCUCGCGGAGCCGCUGCGGAGCCGCGCGAGGACGGUGGUACAGCAACAGGAAUGACGGUGAACACACCGCUGUGUUUUAGAGGAAAGAAGAUCCUGGCUCCAAUGGUGCGAGUGGGAACACUACCAAUGCGUCUGCUUGCUCUGGACUAUGGUGCCGAUAUCGUGUACUGUGAGGAGCUGAUUGACAUAAAGAUGCUGCAGUGUAAGAGGGUUAUAAAUGAAGUACUUGAAACAGUGGACUUCGUUGCACCUAAUGAAAGAGUUGUUUUCAGAACUUGUGAAAGGGAGAGGCAACAUGUAAUCUUCCAAAUGGGUUCAGCAGAUGCUGAAAGAGCCCUGGCAGUAGCUAAGCUUGUAGAGAGUGAUGUGGCUGGUAUUGAUAUCAACAUGGGAUGCCCAAAAGAAUAUUCUACUAAGGGAGGUAUGGGAGCAGCGCUGCUGUCUGAUCCUGACAAAAUAGAGUCUAUAUUGACCACCCUUGUUAAAGGAAUUUGUAAACCAGUUACCUGCAAAAUCCGCAUUUUGCCCUCAGUUGAGGAUACUGUGAAUCUGGUGAAGAGAAUAGAAAAAACUGGCAUUGCUGCCAUUGCAGUCCAUGGAAGGAAGAAGGAGGAGAGGCCUCAGCACCCUGUCCACUGUGAUGUGAUCAAGGCCAUAUCUGAAGCAGUCUCCAUUCCAGUAAUAGCAAAUGGAGGAUCUCAUGACUUCAUCAAAGAAUAUGCAGACAUUGAGACCUUCCAGAAAGCAACAGCUGCCUCAUCAGUCAUGAUUGCUCGUGCUGCCAUGUGGAACCCCUCUAUCUUCAGAAAAGAGGGGUUUUGCCCCUUGAAGGAUGUCAUGCAAGAUUACAUCAAAUAUGCAGUGAGAUAUGAUAAUCACUACACCAACACUAAAUACUGUCUGUGUCAGAUGUUAAGAGAACAGCUGGAAACUACUCAGGGUAAGAAGCUGCAUGCUGCACAGUCCACACAGGAGCUCUGUGAAGUCUUUGAAAUGGGUGACUUCUAUGAAGAAACAACAGCUAUUUUUGAAGCAAAGAAAACGUCUUUAGAAAGCAAGACACAAGAUGAAGAUGACCAAAUGGAAGAUCCAGAUGUAAUAAAAAUGGCUGUUAGAUUUGACAAGCGAGAAUAUCCACCACAGAUCACUCCAAAAAUGUAUCUUCUGGAAUGGUGUAGGAAAGAAAAGCAUCCUCAGCCUGUUUAUGAAACUGUUCAAAGACCACUGGAUAGAUUAUUCUGUUCAGUAGUGACAGUAGCUGAGCAAAAAUACCGAUCAACUCUGUGGGACAAGUCCAAGAAACUGGCAGAACAGGCUGCAGCUAUUGUCUGUCUGAGAACACUGGGUGUCCCAGAGGGAAAGCUCUGUGAGGGAGAAAAUCACCUGAUUAACAAACGCAAGAGGGAAGACCAGGAGCGCUUGAUUAACAGAGACCAUGGAGAAGAUCUUGCUGAGCCUUCCCAUAAAAAAGCCAAUUUUAUUGAAGAAACUUCUGACAUGAAUGUGCCGAAGAUGCCACGAUAGCAUGGAAGUUAGAGGUUUCGUGCCUAUGCAGCUACAAAUGAGCUCCUGUUUGUAUAUCUUGCUGUUCACAUUUCAUUUGGAUUUUCUCAGAGACAGAUAAAUUUCCCAGUUGUAAAAAAUGCCACUGAGAUGUUUACUGUUCACCACUCACUGUCCCUAUGGUGCCUUUCAGAUGAUAAUUAGGAACUUGAUUUUAAAGAACAUGGAGAAGAUAAUCCCAAAUAAUAAAUUUUUUUAAAAUA